AGAGCGAAAGUUGAGCAUGUGAAAAGAUGUUGAUGCACAGUCUCCGAAUCUUAUUUGACUAAAUGUGUUGCCAGGACAAAUCUUUUGCCAGACAAUAUUUGUACGUAGUGAAACUGUUCCCUCAGUUAAGAUGGAGCAAGGACUCGAGAUGUCAGCAAUGAUUCCUGCAUUGCAAGAACUAGCCAGUGCUAGUUCGGUCGAGUACAACCAGGCCGUGCAGAAACCUCGUCAGAUACUUUGUCAGUUUAUUGACAGAAUACUGACAGAUGUUGACGUUGUUGCUCUAGAAUUGUGUAAGAAGACCAGUACUGAGCCUGCAUGUGUUAUGCUGCUGGACUUUGUGCAACACAUCAUUAAAUCCUCUUCAUUGAUGUUUAUAAACCCAGCAUGUCUGUCUGAUCAGUUUAGAAACACAGAGAACAGCUGCACAGAUUUCAGUAAAUGGAUCAUGAACCGCCUCUUGCGAAUUGCUGCCAGCCCAGAAUGUGAGGAUCUUCACAUGAAGAUCUCCUCUGUCAUCUGUGCAUUACUUCAUCUAUUUAGAGCCAAGGGUCCAGUCAUAUGUGGCUUGUUUUCUGCAGAGCUGAUACGUUUGAUGCAGUUUAUAGUGAAUAUCAAUCUCAAGGUCAGACCAUCUCCACAAUGGCCAUUAGUGGUGGAAUGCUUCUCUAUCACAUCCUCCGAGGCUGCUGUUUACCUGACCCCCACUGUCCUUGAGCUGUCCUCGAGUGCCUCGGCACAAACGUUGCUUGUAACUGUAUUAUCAGUGCUGACGGAUAUUUUGCGAGGCAUGUUUUUCCCAAAGGAAGUGGGCAUCGUGUGGGACUCUGCUUGCCUCAUCCUGUCCAAUGGGAGCCCAAAGCUAAAAGCAGCAUCCAUGUUACUUUUAGUUCGCAUUGUGAUCCUGGGAGGUUUCCCUGAAGAUCAUUCACAGCCAUUUUUCUCUGCUUAUUUGCAUCUGCUGGAUUCCUUGCAUGCUUGUAAGGAAUCAGAGCUCAGGGUCUAUGGCAAGGAAUUCCAAAAACUCUCUCGAUGUGUUUUCCAGCCAGAGGAAGGGCCACACGGCAAGUUUGAGAGAGUCCAUUUAAACAGGUUGAUGGAGAGGCUGGAGAAAUUAGUGGUUAGUGGGACUCUUGAGCAGCUGACGGUGAUGGAAGUGAAAGCUACACUUUGUGAUGUCUUCUGCUUUGUCGUGGAGUUCGUACCUCAUGGAUAUGAAUGUGCAGUAGAGAUCCGGACGGAAAGGGUCACGGCCAUUUGCAAAGCGUUGAUUGGAACCAUUGGAACCCCUGGACAGCAGGAGCAAAUUGUGGAAGGCUUCUUGUUCGCUGCUCUUAACACAGAGGCCAUCGCUGCACUGCAGGAAGUGCAUGCAGGGGUUUCUGACCCUGCUUACUCGAGUAUAUAUGAAGAGGGAGUUCCAGCCAAGCGACCAAAUCUUUCUCUUCCAACACAACUAAGGAGCGCGGCCAAAACCCAACCAAUGCUGGUGGACAUGAAGAACAGAAGUGAGGUGUGGGCUGCUGUGGAUAGUCGACUGGAGGAGCUGCUGGUCCAGCUGAGGGACCACACAGUGAACCAGUGCGUGAACAUUGUGCAGGGACUGGCGGUUAUCUUCCACCUGGCUGCGCUUUGCUCCAGACACUGCCUGAAUGCACCACAAAGUGGCAGUAAAGAAAAGACAUCGGAGAGCACAGAUACAGCACAGCUGGUUUGGUUAAAGCCUCCCAUGUUGGCUCAGAUAGUAGAGAGCUGCCGCACUGUGAUGGCCAACACCUCUAAUGAGGAGGAGCUGGAGCUUUUGGUAGAAGCUUCCGUCAGGAUCUUUGAUGCUGUUCUGUACAUUAAUGCCAACAGCCAGUCUGACACAAGUCACUGCAGGAAUCUUUGUGCCCUGCUGUCGAUUCCUUGGGUGCUUGAGCAUUCUUCACAUACAGUUUAUCAGACAGCCACUUUUCCUGCGAGUCUGAUUGUGCUGUCUCAGAAACUUGCUCCUGCGUACUCUGCACAAACUCGAGCACACUGUGUAUACCUGCUCGCUCUUCUGUCUAAGAGUGUGUGUGGUGACUGGCGAGCGUCUGUGUACCGUUGGGCCCUGCAGAGUAAAAGUGAAGCUGAGCGGGCCAGUGCUGUCCGGGGAUUCCCCCUGCUGCUGCACCACCUGGGUGUCAAAUCCUAUACCCUCAUACAUGAGGUCCUGCUGAACAGACUUCAGGACAGCUCAACGCAAGUAAAGAUCGAGCUAGCUGGCAUUACAGGGCAGCUGGCAUGCUGUUUGUCUGAAAGCUCACAACUGCAGUUCCCUCAGGAGAAGAUGCCACCCCAUGAGCUGCUCUGUGCUGGUCUUAGCAUUUCAGACUCCCAUUCGAGCCAUACACCGUCCAUUGGAGCCUCUAUCCUCACCCCAUUCCUAAUGCUGCUCAAACCCAUGGAGGACAAGAAAGUAAAACAAGCUUUUAUCAGGAAUAUACGGCACUUGUUCAAGCACGUUGAUCUGGGUAACAGUGAUCCUGAUACAAAAACUCUGGUCAGUGCCCUUAUCAACCUCAUUGAAGAUCCAGACCAGGAAGUGCGCACAAUGUUCGGCCAGAACAUCAAAAACCUUCUAGAGUUUUGGAAUGGAAAUGGCUUUCUGAAGGAGCUUCUUGUUUCCAGGCUGAAGGAAGCUUAUACAAAUGCAAAGACUUCUAGAAACAAUGAGCUCAAAAACACCCUGAUAAUAACCACUGGAGAAAUUGGGAGAGCUGCUGAAGGAAACCUCGUGUCUUUUGCACUUCUUCGCCUCUUGCACUGCCUGCUCUCCAAGUCCACGCAGGUGUCAGUGGCAGCCUACACUGAGAUUCAGGCAUUAGCCACCUGUAGAGACCUCAAAUUGCAGUCCUUCUUCAACCAGUACAGGAACCCAAUUUGCCAGUUCUUGGUUGAGUCUUUGCACUCGCGACAUGUGAUGGCAUUGCGCUGCACUCCGGAUCAGAGCAACGAGGCUCUACAGGAGGAGGCGGCUCAUCAGAGGGAGCUCGCGCUGGACAUCCUAUCUCAUGUGGCACACGUCUUUGAUUUCCCAGACCUGAACCGAUUCCUCAGCCGGAAUCUACAGGUCCUGCUUCCAUUCCUGGCAGCCAAGGCCAGUCCUACAGCCUCUGCCUUGAUCCGCACCAUCGCCAAGCAGCUAAACGUCAACCGCAGGGAAAUGCUCAUUAAUAACUUCAAGUACAUUUUCUCCCACCUAGUGUGCUCUUGUACCAAGGAGGAGCUGGAGAGAGCUUUCCAUUACCUUAAGAAUGAGACAGAAAUUGAACUGGGGAGUCUGCUCAGACAGGACUUCCAGGGUCUUCAUAAUGAGUUGCUCCUGCGUCUAGGAGAACACUACCAGCAGGUCUUUAAUGGACUGGCAAUUUUAGCUUCUUUCUCCUCCGGCGACGACCCCUACCAGGGCCCCAGAGAAAUCACCACCCCGGGGUGCAUGGCAGAUUAUCUUCAACCCAAGCUCUUGGGCAUUCUGGCUUUCUUUAACAUGCAGUUGCUGAGCUCUAGUGCUGGAGAGAAGGAAAAAAAGAAAAUGGCCCUAAACAGUCUAAUGUCUCUGAUGAAGCUUCUGGGUCCAAAGCACAUCAGCUCGGUCAGAGUGAAGAUGAUGACCACACUCAGAACUGGCCUGAGAUACAAGGAGGAUUUCCCAGAACUCUGCUGCAGGACAUGGGACUGUUUUGUGCGCUGUCUUGACCUGUCUUAUCUGGGUCCGCUUCUGAGUCAUGUGAUCGUUGCACUGUUACCUCUCAUCUCCAUCCAGCCUAAAGAAACUGCGGUCAUCAUGCACUACCUCAUAGUGGAGAACAGGGAAGAAGUGCAGGAUUUUCUUCAUGAAAUCUACUUCCUGCCUGACCAUCCAGAAUUGAGAGACAUCCACAAAGUCCUUCAAGACUUCCGUAAGGAAACCUCAAAGAGCACGGACACGCAGACAGCAUUGCAGCUCUCUAUGCGAGCUAUCCAGCAUGAGAAUGUGGACGUGCGCAUUCAUGCCCUCACAAGCCUUAAGGAGAUGAUUUACAAGAACCAGAAUGCUCUGCUGAAGCAUGUCUUGGACAGUGAGAUGGUAGAGCCAGUGAUCUCUCAACUUGUGACUGUGUUGCUCCGGGGGUGCCAGGAUGUGAAUCCUGAAGCCAGGCUUUUGUGUGGGGAAUGCCUAGGGGAGUUGGGAGCCAUUGAUCCCGGUCGUCUUGACUUGUCGCUAGCUGAUACGCAAGGAACGGGCUCAACUUUUGUGAGUGGGAUAGAUGAUCCAAACUUUGCGUAUGAGCUACUGACAGAACUAAUUAGAGCCUUUCUGGCCUAUGCAGACGAUGUAAGAGCCCAAGAUGCUGCAGCCUAUGGCAUGCAGGAGUUAUUAUCAAUCUUUGAAUGUCGUGAGGGAAGAACUGACACACCCGGUCGCAGACUAUGGAGGAGAUUUCCAGAGCAGGUUCAGGAAAUCCUGGAGCCACAUCUCAAUACCAGGUAUAAGAGUUCUCAGAAGGUGGUGAACUGGUCUAAGCUGAAAAAGCCAAUAUAUCUCAGCAGCCGUGGAAGCAAAUUCCCAGACUGGUCUGCAACAUGGGCAGGGUAUCUGAUCAGUAAAGUCAGACAUGAGCUUGCCGGCAAAGUUUUCAACUGCUGUAGUUUCAUCAUAAAGCAUGACUACAAAGUCACCAUCUACUUACUGCCCCACAUUCUGGUGUAUGUGCUGAUCGGAUGCACUCUAGAGGAGCAGCGAGAGGUGACUGAAGAGAUUAUGGCAGUCCUGAAGGAGGGUGACCCACGAUUAGCUCGACUGCAAGAGAACGCCUCCACCUUGAGUCAGCUCAGCACACAGACGGUCUUCUCCAUGCUGGACCAUCUCACUCAGUGGUCCCGUCAUAAACUGCAGAGCCUGAGCACUAACAAGAGGUCGGGCAAACAUGCCAGAGAACAGCCCCAACCACAAGCCAUGGGCCCAGAGAACAGUGAAUAUCAGAGCGUAGUGGCCUUCCUCAACACCAUUCCUCAGGAUGUGCUGGCCAAGGCAUCUUUUCGAUCGAGAGCCUACACGCGGGCUGUCAUGCACUUUGAGUCUUUCAUCCGUGAGAAGAAGCAGGACAUUCAAGACCAUCUUACGUUCCUUCAGAGUCUGUAUGCAGCCAUGCAUGAGCCAGAUGGUGUGAGUGGGGUGAAUACUCUGAGGAAAGAGGAACCGUCAUUGAGAGAGCAGAUCCUGGAGCAUGAGAGCAUUGGACUACUGAGAGAAUCCACUGCCUGCUAUGACAGAGCCAUCCAACUGGAGCCAGACCAGCUUGUCCAUUAUCAUGGGGUUAUGAACUCUAUGUUGGGCCUCGGUCAACUCUCCACAGUAAUAACACAAGUCAAUGGCGUUCUGGCAAGCAGGCCACGAUGGAAGUCAGAUCUGAAUGCAUAUCGAGUCGAGGCAGCGUGGAAACUGUCAAAGUGGGACUUGGUUGAAGACUAUCUUGCCUCUGAUUGUAAGUCCAACACUUGGGGUGUGAGACUUGGCCAGAUGCUGGUGGCUGCCAAGAAGCAAGACUCUGAAGCCUUUUAUGAAAAGCUUAAAAUAGUUAGAAAGGAGCAAGUGGUUCCCUUAUCAGCUGCCAGUUUUGAGUGUGGCACCUAUCAAAGAGGAUAUGAGUACAUAGUCAGGCUGCACAAGCUGUGUGAGUUAGAGCAUGCCUUCACCGAGCUACAGAAAGAAAGCAAAGAAUCUAGAGGAUCCAAGCAGUCUGAGCCCAAACUCAACUGGGAUGCCCGCCUACUUAUGACCCAGAACUCAUUCAGAGCCAAGGAACCGGUGCUGGCACUACGGAGAGCUUUGCUCAGUCUUAGCAGGGGAUCUUUGUGUGAGGAACAGGUUGGCGCGUGCUGGCUGCAGAGCGCUCGUGUGGCCAGGAAAGCUGGCCACCACCAGACUGCCUUUAACGCCCUGCUCAACGCUAAGAACUCCUACCUCUCUGAGCUCUUCAUUGAGAAAGCAAAGUGGCUCUGGUCUAAGGGUGAUGUGCAUCAGGCUCUGAUAGUGCUGCAGAAAGGUGUGCAACAGUGUUUUCCUGAUGACCAACCCCUCACAGACCCCAAGAGAAUCCAGAUUAAAGGAAACGCCUUGCUGCUAGUGGGCAAAUACAUGGAGGAGACGGCCAACUUUGAGAGCAAUGCAAUUAUGAAAACUUACAAGGAUGUCACUCAUCUGUUGCCAGAAUGGGAGGAUGGAAACUUUUACCUGGCCAAGUACUAUGACAAAGUGAUGCCUAUGGUCACUGACAGCAAAAUGGAAAAACAGGGAAACCUUAUCCGUUACAUAGUCACUUAUUUUGGAAAAGCCCUGCAGUUUGGUAAUCAGUUCAUCUACCAGGCCAUGCCCAGAAUGCUAACCUUAUGGCUGGAUUUUGGAACCAAAGUGUACGAGCUUGAAAAAGCGGGCCGAUCAGACCGGAUCCAGAUGCGUGCAGAACUUACGAAGAUCAAUUCUGUGAUCAGUGAACACGCCAACAAUCUCUCACCCUACCAGUUCCUGACCGCCUUUUCACAGCUGAUUUCCCGAAUCUGCCACUCCGACAAUGAGGUCUUUGCUGUGCUGAUGGAGAUCGUUGCUAAAGUUUUCUUAGCUUAUCCACAGCAGGCUAUGUGGAUGAUGACUGCGGUUUCAAAGUCCUCCUAUCCUACUCGGAUGAACCGAUGUAAGGAGAUAUUAAAGAAGGCCAGCAGUUUGAAAGUAUCAUUUGGAAAAUUUAUCGGAGAUGCCAACCGACUGAAUGACAAGCUAGUGGAGCUCUGCAAUAAACCGGUGGAUGGGAACAGCAGCACCCUCAGCAUGAGCGUACACUUCAAAAUGCUGAAGAAACUAGUAGAAGAGCCCACCUUCAGUCAGAUCCUCAUCCCUCUGCAAUCUGUCCUUAUACCCACCCUGCCCUCCACCGGAGGAGCAAACCCCAAACACGAUGCCUUUCCAGGCCACUGGGUGUAUCUGGCUGGCUUUGAUGACACGGUGGAGAUCCUGGCAUCUCUACAGAAGCCAAAAAAGAUCUCCCUCAAGGGCUCAGAUGGAAAGUUCUACACCAUGAUGUGCAAACCCAAAGAUGAUCUGAGGAAGGACUGCAGGCUGAUGGAGUUCAACUGUCUCAUUAAUAAAUCUUUGAGGAAAGAUGCGGAGUCUAGAAGAAGGGAUCUGCGCAUUCGGACAUAUGCAGUCAUUCCUCUGAAUGAAGAGUGUGGCUUUAUAGAGUGGGUCAACAACACGGCAGGCUUACGCCACAUCCUCACAAAGCUCUAUAAAGAGAAAGGAAUCUAUGUCAGUGGGACAGAGCUGAGGAAGCUACUUUUACCCAAGACAGCCUCCAUUCAGGAGAAGCUGAAGUUGCACAGAGAUGUUCUGUGUGCUAGACACCCACCAGUUUUUCAUGAGUGGUUCCUGCGGACAUUUCCUGACCCCACCUCUUGGUACAACAGCAGGUCCGCUUACUGCCGCUCGACAGCGGUCAUGUCUAUGGUGGGCUAUAUUCUGGGACUAGGUGAUCGCCAUGGAGAGAACAUUUUAUUCGACUCCCUAACUGGCGAGUGCGUCCAUGUGGAUUUCAACUGCCUCUUUAACAAGGGGGAGACGUUUGACGUUCCUGAGGUGGUUCCUUUUCGGCUCACACAGAACAUGGUUCAUGCCAUGGGGCCCAUGGGCACAGAGGGCCUGUUCAGACAGGCUUGUGAGGUCACACUCAGACUGAUGAGGGACCAGAGGGAGCCACUUAUGAGUGUUUUAAAAACAUUCCUGCAUGAUCCUUUGGUGGAGUGGAGUAAACCUGUCAAAGGUUCCUCCAAGACACAAGUCAAUGAAUUUGGAGAGAUCGUCAAUGAGAAGGCAAAGACACAUGUUCUGGACAUAGAGCAGCGCCUGCAGGGAGUGAUUAAGAGCAGGAAUAAAGUGAUGGGUUUGCCUCUGUCCAUUGAGGGCCACGUACACUACCUCAUUCAAGAAGCCACCGAUGAUAACCGCCUUUGCCAGAUGUACCUUGGAUGGGGUCCUUAUCUGUGACGAAAAUAUUUGCACUUCAGAAUUUGUACUUGACCAAAACUGAAUAAGCUUUCUGUGUAGUUUUUUUACUUUGUUUACUGUUUCGUUAAAACUGUUGUUAUUGUCACUGUUCUGCAGUAUUCAAUGCACCUCAAAAUGUUAAUUAAAGAAGUUAGUUCAUUCAUUCAUUCAUGUUUCAGAAAUUAGAAUUUAUUGAAAUUCGCAGGCAGUUUGUUUUAUGCAAUCUACAUUAGAGGUACCAAUGCUGUUAAAGCAAACACCUUCCCACGUUUAUUUCAAAUAGUUCUAUCAAUGAAACAUUUCAUUUUAGUCGUGGUAUUGUAAUUGUUGGAGAUACUUUGAUUAAAUUCGACAGUCACGUGUUAUAUGUCUUAUAAAGUGUCCUUUGCGCAGUGUUUUCAAUGGUGUGAGCUGGAGUUUUUUUUAUAACGAAGUAGACGUUUUUAGCGCGCGUUGUAUUCUGGUCUGUGUAAAUCAGUAGCUGCUCAGUGCUGUCUCGUGACUCACUCGUAUCUUCACCCGCGCGCUGACAGCCAGCAUCCCACCUUGUCACGCGCUUGUGGACCGCCAGACGCAUUUAGUCACUAUUGGAUUUAGGUCCAGGUGUCAGGUCCCCUUGCCUGGAAUUCGCCAUGUUGUUUCUACAGUGGCCCUAAACGGACAAACUGCUCUAA